GUGCUCAGACAGAGAGGAGUAGUGUGGGAAGGAACUUUCUUUCGUUUUGUUUGUAAAACCUUUCAAAGGCUCUAUUGGCAACAUUUUAUUUCUAAAUCUACUUUGACCAACUAGGAUUUUUUUUGCCAGACUCUCUGGACUUCAUGUCUGUAUUUUAUCCUAUUCACUGCUCUGAUUACCUGAGAUCUGUUGAGAUGACAGAAGUGAUAAUGAGCUCUCAGCCUAUGGAUGAGAUCGGAUUAAGCCCACGCAAAGACUCCUAUCAGAUUUUCCCAGACCCAUCUGACUUUGAUCGCUGCUGCAAGCUGAAGGACCGGCUCCCGUCUAUAGUGGUGGAACCCACAGAAGGAGAUGUUGAAAGCGGAGAACUUCGGUGGCCACCAGAAGAAUUUUUGGUGGAAGAGGAUGGAAACCAUGAGGGGUCCAAGGAAGAGAAGAAAGAGCAGUAAAGAUGCAGCUGCACUAUAACUCUCUUGUAAUUUGGGAAGGAUAGGGCCUCACAUGGCUUGAUUAUAAAUCAGUGAGGUUUUGACAAAUUCAAAGAUGCACCUGCAAGAUUUUUUUUCUUGUGAAAAUGCAGCCUUCGAUGUGAAGGAAAGCAGGAAGUCUAAGAUGUUGGCUGUUUUUUCAUUAUAUUUAGAGAUUUCUGAGAUUUUAUUUCUAAGGCUAGAGCGAAAUCCCAGUAGGCACAAAAGGUAACAAAGCAUAGUGGAUUGAAGAAGCAGAAAAAUCCUGUCUUUUCUUCCAGAACUUAUAGAAUAGACAUCUCUGCAUCUGAAUGUUAGUUCCUUCUGUUCUGCAUCAAUCUUACAAGAAACCCUACAGAUCAUAUAACUUAAAAGUGAACAGCAAUGUACUUUUAUGGGAUGUCAUUUGGAACAUAUUGCAAACAAAGCAUUCUGUUGCUGACAUUUUUACACAACUUUUCUCCAGCACCUUGUAUGUCCCCAAUACACCUUUUUACUAUAUACGAUGUUCACCCAGGAGAUAUAAAGGUGGGAUUUGUUUCAGUUGAAAAGGUGGUUCUGUUAGACUUACAGGGAAACACUUUAACCCUUUUCUUGCCAUUGUAAUUCACUGUAGCCCUCUGGCAGCCAAAGGGUUAAGUCCAACAUCCAGUAUGCAUAGUCAAUGAUCAGUGUUCUACAUAACUUCAUAAAUGGCCUUACAGUGAAAAUCAAUAUUUUGUUUGUCCUGAAACAAUUGCUGAGCUUCCUGUUUUGAACAAGAAUUUGCCACCAAAUGUGCCCAAAAAGUUGGGCCUCCAGAUUUUACCAUUGCUGCUUCCUUUGCAUGUAUAUACAUUUAGUUAGUCCAACUCAGAUGUUUUUAUUUGAUUAGUCUUGUUAGGUUAGUUCAAUAAUAUAUAUAAAGAUGUUCCAAAAUAGAAAAAUGUUCAUAACAUUUUAAAUUUUAUGUUUGUAUAAAGUUCUGGAAUAAUUUAUGUAAUCCAGUUAUAUGAAGCCAUUAAAUUAUAAAACAUUCAUAUUAUGAACAUAAUUGGUUAAAUUGAUUUCCAAGCAUAAUAUUCCAUUCAGUAGGAAAAUCAGGGUAAUCCUCAGUUUUCAUAAAAAUCUUUUUUUUUUUUUUUAUCUGUUCUGAAUGCCUCUGUUCUCAGAACUUAGAAUAACCACCCUCAAAGACGUAGUUACACAAUACAUGAGUACUGGCUUUAGAAAGGUCAUUGGUUUCUCUUCAUACAAGGGGCUAUUUAUGUUCUGUUCUGUUUAGUUGGUUUUGUACAACUUUCACUGAGUCGAAAAAUACCUCUGUUAAAAAUUCUGUUGGGCAAAAUAGGAAAACUAGCAUACAAAACUGUAUCAGCUGGUCUGUUUCUCUGUAGGUUCUGUCCAGUCAACAUUUUCAUGGUUUAAUAGCAAUAAUUUGUGCUUUGAAAAUGUCAACGCAAAAUAUAUAAAGCUUUUCUCAUUUGUGGAUCUUGAUAGUGGUGUAUGAACUUCAUGGAUUGUAAAAAACAAGUCAUUUUGAUGAAUUUGCAUCUCUGUACAGUUUGUCACCAACUGAUAUGUCUCCAGGGUAUAGUGUAUUUUGUAUAUCUGUUGUGUGGUCUCUUAAGAGUGUUAAUGUGCAGCGGGCGCACAGUAUCUGCUGCCCUAGAGUUUGGCACAAUAAAUCUGCUCCGUCAGGCAUUGACACAAUUGUAUUCUGUCAAAUGUGGAUGUAGUGAAAAUCCUCGUUUAUCUAUAUUUUUUAAUGUAAUCACUUCCUUGGGGGCCAGCAAAUGUUGGAUUCUCUUAAAAGUGAAUGUUUGCAAGAGGAAACAAAACUACUCCAGUAUUUAAACAUGUCUGCAUUUUUUUUGUAUUGUAUAUUUCCUGUUAAUGUAUCUGCGAACAAAAGCACUCCAGUAAAAGAAAAUGUUGUAUAAUAGUAUAUAUAUUUCUGUAAUUUUGAGGCUCAGGGAGAAGCUCGCUUUUUUUUUUUUUUCAAACUACUUUUUUGUCACUGUGACAGUUGUAAAUAAAAGUUUGAAAUUGCUUUACAAA